AUGUCCGCUCAGAACUCCGCAGGCAUUCAGACCCUCCUCGAUUUGUUGACCAUCUCUAUUUCAGGCCGAGAGGGAGGCUCAGAAGAUCGUCCAACAAGUGCUGACGUGUCGCUUUAUCCAGCCAGAGAAUACCGCACGAAGCGCAUAAGGGAGGCAAAGUCCGAGGCGCAGAAGGAGAUUGAGGAGUACAGAAAGCAAAAGGAGGAGGAGUUCAAGAAGUUCGAGGCUGAGCACUCGAGUGGAUACAAGAAGGCCGAGGAGGAUGCGAACAAGGAGGCUGAGGUGAAGCUCCAGGAAAUCAAGGAUGCUGGUAACGAGAGAGGCGGAAAGGUUAUUGAGACUCUUAUCCAUGCGCUGGUCGAUGUGAAGCCCGAGCCGUCCGAGAAGAUCGUGAUCAAGGCAUAG